AGUAGUAGUAGUAGUAGUAGUAGUAGUACUUGUAGUAGUAGUAGUUGUAGUAGUAGUAGUUGUUGUAGUAAUAGUAGUAGUAGUAUUUCCUCCUCCUCCUCCUCCUUCUCUUUCUCCUUCUCCUUCUCCUUCUCCCUCUCCUCCUCCUCCUCCUCCUCCUCCUCCUCCUCCUCCUCCUCCUCCUCCUCCUCCUCCUCCUCCUCCUCCUCCUCCUCUUCUUCCUUUUCUUCUUCUUCUUCUUCUUCUUCUUCUUCUUCUUCUUCUUCUUCUUCUUCUUCUUCUUCUUCUUCUUCUUCUUCUUCUUCUUCUUCUUCUUCUUCUUCUUCUUCUUCUUCUUCUUCUUCUUCUUCUUCUUCUUCUUCUUCUUCUUCUUCUUCUUCUUCUUCUUCUUCUUCUUCUUCUUCUUCUUCUUCUUCUUCUUCUUCUUCUUCUUCUUCUUCUUCUUCUUCUUCUUCUUCUUCUUCUUCUUCUUCUUCUUCUUCUUCUUCUUCUUCUUCUUCUUCUUCUUCUUCUUCUCUUCUUCUUCUUCUUCUUCUUCUCUUCUCUUCUUCUUCUUCUUCUUCUUCUUCUUCUUCUUCUUCUUCUUCUUCUUCUUCUUCUUCUUCUUCGCUGCUCCUUCGCUCUCUUCCUGGUUCCUUCACUCCAGCCUCUCCCUGCUGCCCUCACCUCUCCGCCUGCCACCUCUCCACUCCCUCCCUCAUUACUCUUCCCCGUGUGAUAGAGACAGCGUUGGUAACGUCAGAGGGCAGAGUGUUCCUCACUUUAGAGCCUGUCACUUCCAAACUUCUGGCACCGGUCCUCAACAAAUCAGUGGCGAGGGACCUUUGCACAGAAAAAACUCUUGCCUUGGUGUCAAAUAGCAAUUGUGAGUCUAUAUAUUAUAGUAGUGGCAGUGGUGGAGGUGGUGGUGGCAUGAUUCAUGAGGACCAGGUGUGGGACAGCUUCCUACAGCCUCCUAAAGCUCCCAGCACUCUUACAGAUCCUCAGACACCCCAGCAGCCCUCCUGUAGCCCAUUAAGACGACGCCAGACACACGCCACGGAUCCCACGGCUGAGGCAAGGGAGCGCCGACCCCCUAGUGAACAGCACACCAGCGCCCUUGUGGCUCGGAGAUGGGGUCUGCCCGAGCUGUGA